CAUAGUGCUGACAUCUGGUCCGCUCAGACCUUAUAGAUCCUUCCUCUCGAGGCGUCAAGCGCGACCGCUCUCCCGACGAUUUCGGGGACGCGAGGCCGCCACCAGGCUCGGCUGGUGACGACGGUGGUGACAAGCCCAGGAAAAGAGGAAGAUCGAUGAAGUCCCGAACAUCCGGGGGCGUUCCCGAGACCGCCGUCCCGGCACCCAUCCCGCUGGUCCCGCCCACCCCGCAGACGAUUCCGCCGCAGACACCGCAGAGCCAGAAUGCGUCCUUGCCGGCCCAGACGCCCACAUAUGCCCCACAGUCGUCGCCGCCCAAAUCGACCCCGUCAAAAUCAACGCUGAAGGCGCUUCCGACGGUGCGCGACCACACGACAGAUCAGCUCGGUCCCGGCGGGGACGAGUAUCUGCCACGCGAGAUCGACGAGGCCGGCGAGAAAAAGGUGCUACCCAACGGCCAGCUCACGGGGAAUCGCGAAUACCGAUGUCGGACCUUCCUCGUCCCGAAUCGCGGCGACAAGCUGUUUAUGCUGGCGACCGAGUGCGCGCGCGUUCUGGGAUACCGCGAUUCAUACCUGCUGUUCAACAAGAAUAGGUCGCUGUAUAAAAUCAUCGCCAGCCAGGUCGAGAAAGAUGACUUGGUCGCCCAGGAAAUUCUCCCCUUCUCGUAUCGCUCGCGUCAGAUCGCCAUCGUGACGGCGAGGAGCAUGUUUCGCCAGUUUGGUAGCCGGGUCAUUGUGAAUGGGAGGAGGGUCCGCGACGACUACUGGGAGACGAAGGCACGCAAACAAGGGUUUACCGAGGCCGACCCCGCGGGCGAAAAGCGGCCGGGCGCUUCCAAGGCCCGGGAAGCCGAGGCGAACCACAGCGCAUCGAUACUCGGAGCUCCCCAUGGCGAGAUUGUGUACAGCUCUAACCCUGGCCAGUUCGGCCCUGGCCCGCAGCCGCAGCUCGUCCCACCAGACUACAGCGAUACGCGGAGCCGGGAUUAUUCGAGCAUUCUCAAGACGGGCCCGCGGCAGGAGAUUACUGGACCACCUUACCAGGACCGGAUCCAAUCUUCGCCCAUAUCAGAACUGCAUGCGCAGGCUCACCAUGCCGCCGAGUUCAACCGGUCGGUCAAUCAGCAGCGAGAGUUGCGCAACGACUACAUGCAAAGCCUCUGGCGGCGGCCGCAUGAACAACCCCCGCCGACGACGCUCAGUCAGCCGGUCAGCGCGUCCGAUGCAACCGUGCCGAUAAGUCGCCCCGGCGCAGUAUCCCACUCCGGCACCACCGGUCUGCAGCAGCCCGGCAUGGUUCCGAACCAAAGCCCCAUGAUGAUGACAGCCGCACCAUACUCGCAGCCUAUUCACGCCCAAAACCCUGUCGGCCAAAGUACACUGAGAGGUAUGGCUCACGACCCACCAACCCAUCAUAGUAGCACGUCUCAGAGACCAACAUACCCGCCCUCAGCAGGCUCCUCAGGAACCCUGCCGCAGCAGACAAGCCAGCAGCAGCAAAACUACAGCUACUCGCAGAGCCAGAUGUGGCCCCCGACGCCGCAGACCCCGCAGCACGGCUACUCGGCCUACACGACCCAGUCGCAGCCGUUGCCUCACCCGCAGCAUUCUCCCGGCGGCCCACAGCAGCUGCGCCACCCGAGCACCUCGAGCGGCGGCCCGGGUGGUGUCCAGCAGCAGCAGCCCAGCGGCGGCAUGCCGUCGUACUCGAGUAUGCCGGGCAUGGGUGGCCAGCAGGGAUACGGCGCAGCGCAGGCUAUGUACGCUUCGGCCGACCAGACGCCGCGCCAGUACAUGCAGCAGCACCAUCAUCACAACCCGCAGCAGGCGCUACCUGCCGUCACGCAGGCUUGGUCCCAGCAGCAGGCGCCCGGGCAGUGGUGGGCUAGUCAGCCGCAGUGAGGCCCCUUUUGUGUAUCGCGUCGUGCUAUCUCGAUCAUGGGUUCGUUUCGGGGGUACAUGUGGUUUUGUCUGGCAGGGCGGCUGUCUGUUAGUCGGUCGGAUU